UUCCAACCAUGGACGUAUUCUCCACAUCCCAGGUCUACGACAGCACUUGUGCCUCAUCCCCUGAAGCUUUGGAGUUUGGAACCGGAGGGGAACUUGCUGGAUCCGAGGAGGAUGAACACGUUCGGGCACCUGGGGCCCCGCACCAGCCUGGUCACUGCCUGCAGUGGGCCUGCAAAGCUUGCAAGCGCAAAUCCAGCACGGUGGACCGCCGGAGAGCCGCCACCAUGAGGGAACGCCGCAGGUUGAAGAAGGUGAACCACGCUUUUGAGGCUCUACGCCGUUGCACGUCCGCCAAUCCCAGCCAGCGGCUUCCCAAGGUGGAGAUCCUGAGGAACGCCAUUCAGUAUAUCGAGAGCCUUCAAGAGCUGCUCCGGGAACAGGUAGAGAACUACUACAACCUGCCUACAGAGAGUAGCUCGGAGCCUGCCAGUCCAUCAUCUUGCUGUUCUGAAAGCAUGGUUGACUGCAACAGUCCUGUUUGGCCUCAGAUGAGUCCACACUUUGGGAAUAACUACAACUAUGAUGCACAAAUUGCUAGUAUAGUAGACAGAACUCCCGGAACAUCUAGUUUGCAGUGUUUGUCCAGCAUUGUGGACAGGUUGUCCUCAGUAGACACAGGAGUUGCUGUGGGAAUGAGGAAUAUGGUUGCUCACUCACCAAUUGGAAGUGACUCCCAGUCCAGUUCUCCAGACAGUCCCAGCAACAGACCAGUCUACCAUGUCCUGUGAGAAUGAUGGAGACACUCCAACCUGGUUCUGUCCUGGCCAACGUGGAAUCUGCACCUCCAGAAUUGGAACAUUCUUCAUUCACAAAGUUCUACACAUCCCUGCCCAUUGUGCGUUUGUUAAUUAAGUAUUUGGGCUAAUUUGAUAAUGAUUUCAGUUACCAAUACGUGUGUAGUCCUCUCAGCUCUUUUUACUGUAACAUAUCUGACCAUACUGUGGUCCAUUCCGUAGAAUUCCACAGAUUUGCCCCAGACUCUGUCUGGGCCUGGUUGGUACUUGGCUCAAAAGAUCUGGCUUUACUGUGACUUGCUUAAUGCUGCCAAACUAUCCAUGAACCUUUAAAUACUACUGUAAAGUACAGACAGUAUGGAUCUUGCUUUUUCACCAUGUUGGC